AUGACGCCCGCCGACUGGCGAUCCAGCAGCGAGGACGCCGAGUAUGCGUUCAUGCUCUUCCACGCCGACAACACACAGACACAGUACCAGCAACCAGCACAGGCAGCAGCAGCGCAGUACGCCCACGCCCCCAACAUGCACCCAUCGCUAUGCGGUGGCGCCAACCAGGCCCUCAGCGACGAAGAGAUCUUGGACGAGAUCUUCCAGGAGAUCAUGUCGCCCGGCCCACAGGACCAGGAGCUGCCGGCCACCGACAUGACCGGCAUGGCCAGCAGCCCCGCACUUUUCAGCCCCGUGCUCACGCCCACCUCAGCACUCACAGCCUCGGCCCCCUCCACGCCACAGCUCACCAGCACGUUGCGCCGAGGCAGCAUCCCGUCCGCCUCGCUCGGAUCCAUCUCGCCCAACAUGGCCGCGGCCCUGCGCGUACCGGCGUUCCCCAUGGGCCACACCGCUACAGGCUCGGCCCGCAACACAGCCUUCUUCCCCAUGCUCCCCGAGCCAAAGGCUCGUGUCGGCGCCGGCCUCGGCGCCUUCGGCGUCCACCACAGCUCCAUGCUAUUCACGUCGCCGACGGCCGCCAGUCGUCGCGCCUACCGACGCACCAACCGGCCGAGCCGCCUGCAGAAGAAGAAGCCGGCCUCGCGCAUCUGCCGCAUGCCCGGCUGCACCAAGGGCAUCCGCUCUCGCGGCCUGUGCAAGGCCCACGGCGGCGGCCGGCGGUGUACGACGCCCGGAUGCGAGAUCAGCGACCAGGGUGGAGGCCACUGCAUCGCGCACGGCGGCGGCCGCCGCUGCUCGGUCACGGGCUGCCAGAAGUCGGCCCAGUCCAAGGGCCUGUGCAAGCUGCACGGCGGCGCUCGGCUGUGCCGCCUGCCGGACUGCAACAAGAACGGUCAGAUCAAGGGCCUCUGCAGGCUGCACUACAGCCUGACCAUGGCGGCCAAGAGCUCUGCGGCCAGCAAGGCGGCCACUGCCGUGCCGUCGCCCAUGCCCAUGGCCAUGAAGCUCGAGCCCCCGGCCAACUGCGGCCCGUGCGACUUCGAGCUGCGGGUGUAG